GGUCACCAUGGGCACCCCACUAGUGGUCUUACCGUUGAAGAAAGAGACAUCAGCGUCUCACGACGUGCAGAAUCGUGACUCGUCUUUGAGCGUGAAGCGGCGUCUGGGGAGGAGGAGGAGCGGCGUCUGGACUCGACUCGGCUGGCAGCGGCCCACUCGUCCCAGAUGGGGAGCUGGGUUCACCUCCACCUGCAGGGGACGAGGUAACCUGCGCAGUCGACUUGAUCAGCACCACCCCCAGAUGAGGAGAAACGUCCAGAAACUGAGCGCAGGACAAACACACCUCAGGAUGCACCUGCAGAGAGGCGGGGCUGUCACCACCAGGGGGCGUGGCCAACACCAAAAAAUUAUACCAACCAAGAAGCAGCUGGAUGCACAGCUGGAUGAGUACAUGUCCAAGUCCAAGAGCCACCUGGACGCUCAGCUGGAUGAGUACAUGUCCAUGGCCGGACAGGUGGACCUGCACGUGGACUGAGGGGCGUCGGUACUCGUCAGCACUCCAUGUUUUUUGUUGUCGUUACUUAAACUGUUCUGAUUGGGCCAUGUGUUCUUCACUGACCUCCCUGUGUGUUUCUUUAAAUGAGUCUGAUUGUGUUACUGAGGCUGUACUUCUGUUCGCAGCAUUUAAAAAUCUGUUUUAAUAAAAGGUGUUACUGCCGAGUCCCGCUCACGUCAGGUAACGUGACGGUGAAAGGUCAGAACUGAUUCCCUUCAUUCAGCCGUGAGACUGUAACUCCAUGUGUCACCAUAGUGACAGAUCUACAACAUUAACAUGAUGUACACAUUAAUGUGUAUGUAAUAGUAAUAAAAGAUACCAUUCUGCAUAAUAAGUACUGUUUUUUACUUUAUGAUGCUUUAAGUUCAUGUUAUAGUUUUAUUUUGUAAAUAUACACUAAAAGUGCUGAACACAGUUUGAACAUGUGACUGUUGGCCUGUCUAUCAUCACUGUUCAUUCAAACAGCUCAGAUUUCUGUUUGGAGGCUUUACAACGAAACUUCUUUUGUUUUGAAACAGUAAUUAAAAUAAAU